CCCAAACCCUCUUUAGUCUUUACCCUUUUCUUCCUCUCUCUCUCUCUCAAUCUAUCUAAUCCCGUCUAUUCUCUCCCUCUCCCUUCGCUCUUGGACAAAAAAUUCGAAACUCUUUGCAAAAAAAAAAAAGACUUGAACCAUUUAAUACGCACAAAUACAUACAACCUUCCUAUUGAAUCCCGUCUCUUCUCCUUCACUUGUUUUCUCUAUUUGCUUUGUUACUCCUAUCAUUGCCUGCCUCUCUUUCUCUCUCGCUCUGUUUUUUUUUUUUUUUUUGUUGUGUUUCUUCUUUCGAUCGUUAUUACUGUAUUCGAUGGCUGAAGGCAAGUACGAUCCACCCGACGAUCUCCUCUCCUCUAAACCCUCCGAUCGUCCCUGGACUCCAAAAGGGGGUGCAUCAGGGGGAAAUGAGGAUAAGGUCCAUUUGGGGAUACUUGAUGAUUCCAAAGAUCAUUUGACGUCAGAAAGCAGUAUUCCAUUGUCUCCCCAGUGGCUUUAUGCUAAACCAAGUGAAACCAAGAUGGAUGUGCGUGCUCCAACUUCUGUCUCUCUUGGAAACUCCACUGAUUCCAACCUGAAGGAGAGCUGGCGUUUGGAAGGAUCUGAGGACAAAAAGGACUGGAGGAGGAGUGUUACAGAUGGUGACAGUAGCCGCCGCUGGCGUGAAGAGGAAAGAGAAACUGGCUUACUUGGUGGUAGAAGAGAUCGCAGGAAAGUAGACCGUCGUAAUGACAGUGUUUCUUCUAGAGAUACAGCUGACAAUAGAGCUUUAUCGUCUUCUGACCGAUGGCAUGAUGGUAACACACGGCGCGAUAGCAAAUGGUCUUCUAGGUGGGGUCCGGAAGACAAAGAGAAGGAAACCCGAACCGAGAAGAGAACAGAUGUGGAGAAGGAGAAGGAAGAUGCUCACACUGACAAUCAAUCUUUUGUAAGUAGCAACCGCUCAGCUUCCGAGCGUGACACAGAUGCUCGGGAUAAAUGGAGACCUCGCCAUAGAAUGGAUCCUCAUUCUGCUGGUUCUAGUUCAUACCGUGCUGCGCCUGGAUUUGGACUUGAGAGAGGACGAAUGGAGGGUUCAAAUGUGGGGUUUACUAUUGGACGAGGAAGGUCAAAUGUUAUUGGGAGGGCUUCGUCUAUAGGCCCCAUUGGUGCUGCUCAUCCAUACCAAAGUGAAAGUGCCUUAGGGAAAUCUGGCCUCUUAGCUGAAACUUUUUGCUACCCUAGGGGGAAGCUUCUUGACAUUUAUCGUAGGCAAAAGUCUGAUCUAUCUUUUGCUACCAUGCCCAGUGAAAUGGAGGAAUUAUCCCCUAUUACUCAAGGAGCUUUAAUUGAACCAUUGGCUUUUGUUGCCCCUGACAGGGAAGAGGAGGCUGUCCUUGGUGAUAUAUGGAAGGGAAAGAUCACAAAUAGUGGGGUGGUAUUCAACUCACUGAGACAGGGGAGAUCAACUGAUUUUGCCUCAGGUCCUGAAGACUUGGAAUCCACUGAGGGAAAGAAGGGUGUCCUCCCUGCAGAUAUUGAUGAAACUGUUCAGACAUUGCGGGAAGCUGGAAAUGUUGCAUAUCAAUUUGAUGACAAUGGUACCUUGAAGGAUUAUGGUUUACAUGUGACUGUGGCAGACGGAAGAGAGGUUAAUUAUGAAGAACAUAAAUCAGACUUGGAUGGAAGGUUCUCAACUCUCUCAAAAAGCAAUGGUGUUAGCAGUGCCAUAGCCAUUGAUGGUGCUUAUCAUUAUGGUGAAAAUUGGCAAAUGGAGGAUUCAACUUUGAAUAAACAGCCUCAGUUUGAUAACAUUGACUCUGCUGCUUUUGACGUCAGAUCCAAGCUUCCUGAUGAUUCAAGCUCUCUGUUGGAUACAGCAUCAUCUGAGCAAAAACAGGGUAGCAAUAUGCAAGUGUUGGGGAGUAUGGGGAAAGACUUAUCAAGGGGUACUCCACCAGAGCAACAAAUUUUGUACUACAUUGAUCCUCAAGGGGCAACUCAGGGACCAUUUCUUGGUGCAGACAUUCUUUCAUGGUUUGAACAAGGUUUUUUUGGGACAGACUUACCUGUUCGCCUGGCUGAUGCUCCUGAAGGAACACCUUUCCAAAGUUUGGGUGAGGUGUGGCAACAUCUGAAGGAUAAAGAUAGGAAUGUCAGUUCUAACGAUCCAAAUUCUGAGCUGGAAAAAUUUGACUCUUUGGGAGGAAAUUUAGAGGCUGCUUUACCUGUGUCUGCUCCUGUUUCAGCAAUUACAGGUUCAUCCUUGGUAAAUGACAUGAACCAACCUUUGCCUGAGUUUGACAAUCUCUCAACUCAACAUCUGCAGUCAGGAUUAUCAGAGCUUGAAGCUCCUUUACAAUUGCUCCAUUCUGAAGGUCAAAGCAUUCAAGAUUUUGCUGUACAAGAUGAAGAAAUCUUGUUUCCAGGAAGAACAGGGAAUACUGGAUAUCCUAUUGUAAAGUCUUCUGGGAACAUUCAUGAUACUAGUGUCCAGCCCUCUCGUCCAACUGAGUUGAUAGAUUCUGGCAUUGCAAUUCAGAAUGAUAAUAAGUUGCAUCCUUUUGGCUUGCUGUGGUCGGAGCUUGAAGGAACUCACACAAGACCUACAAAUGUGCCGUCUGGUGUGGGAAGGACUGCUCCAUACGGUGCGAUGGCUGAUCCAACUCUUGCUGCAGAGACGCAGUCGGAUAUUUAUAGAAAAAACAUACUUGCUGACCCCAUUGUGUAUCAAGAUCCUAUGGCUGCUCACCAUAUGCGACGCAUGGAACAGGAAUCCAACCAUUUUGAUCUAGCAGAGCAGCUUUUGUCUAAACAAUUGCAGCAACAGCAGCUCCAACAGCGAAAUAUGUUUCCUCAUACACGCCUGAAUGAAUCAGUUUUAGAACAGUUGCCAAAUCAGAAUCUGAUUCAUCAACAACAGUUGGCAAACCAUCCAGCUCCAGAUAUGGAACAUUUCUUGACCCUUCAUCUGCAACAACAGCGUCAGCUUGAACUUCAACAUCAUCAAUUGCAGCAACAGCAGCAGUUUCAUCAACAACAAAAGCUUUUGCAGGAGCGACAGCAAUCACAAGCUCGACAGGUGCUUUUUGAGCGGUUGAUGCAUGGUCAAAUGCCUGAUCCUGCCCUUGGGCACUCACAUAUUGACCCAAUAAGAGCAAACAAUGUUCUCGAUCAGGCUUUAUUAGAGCAACGCCUUUUACAUGAGAUGCAGCAACGGUCUCAUCAUCCUCAAAAGCAUUUUGUUCCAUCUUUAGAUCAGCUUGUGCAAAUGAAAUUGGGUCAGAUGCCACCACAAGAUAAUCAAAGAGAACUGUUUGAGUUAAUGUUACGUGCUCAACAUGGACAAAUGCCAGCGUUGGAGCAUCAGAUUCUUCAGGACCAGAUCCGAGCAAGACAGUUAUCAAUGGGAUUAAGGCAACGAACCAAUGUGCAGGAAGGGAGACAUAUUGAUUCUAUUUGGCCAGCUGAUGAGCCUGAUCAGUUUCUUAGGAAUCUUUCUGGUGCUCACUCCUCAGGGUUUAGCCCACUAGAUAUUUACCAGCAGCAACAGAGGCCACCUCAUGAGGAGCAGCUGGGUCAGCUUGAACGGAAUCCUUCAUUACAAGAGCAGCUGCAGCAAGGAAUUUUUGAGCCUGGCUCACUGUCAUUUGAGCGGUCCUUGUCUUUGCCUGCUGGUGCUUCAGGGAUGAAUUUGAAUGCACUUAAUGCUAUGGCUCAUCAUCAUGGUUUGGAUGUAAAGGAGUUGAGCUCACGUAUGCAAUCUGCUGGUCAUGCAGGGACAUUUCCUUCUGGCAUUCACCCUCAUAAUCUUCACCACCCUUUAGCCUUGAACCAGUUCAAUGCUUCACAUUUGGAUGCAGUGGAGGGUCGCUGGGCUGAAAACAAUGGGCAGCUUGCGAAUGAGUGGGUAGAAUCUCGAAUACAACAGUUGCACAUUAAUGCGGAUCGGCAGAGAAGGGAGGCAGAAGUUAAAAUGGAUUCUGAAGAUCCAAGUUUAUGGAUGUCAGAUAGGUCCCAUGAUGACAAGUCAAGGCAAUUGUUGAUGGAGUUGCUCCACAAGAGAUCAGGUCAUCACCCUGCUGAGUCAUUGGACAUGAAUAUGAAUGUUGUACCCUUUGGAAGGAGUUCACCAUCUGGAAUCUACUCUGGGUCAAGCUCUUCCAAUCACCCGUUCAGUAUUCAUUCAGACCGAGAAGCUGGUCCAAACAAUUCAUUUACCGUAGGAUCUUAUGGUUCUAAUUCAUCUGACCCACAGCAGGUAUAUGUAGCUGACAAGCAGGCUAACAGUUUUGAUAGCAGUGAGAAAUUAUGGUUAAGACCUGAAUCCGGAGCAUUCUCCGAGGGAGAGCCAUUCUUGUCUGUUGUGAAUGAAGGUGCUCAGGUAAUUUACACUGAUUCUAACAUGAUUGGUCAGUCUUCUGUAAACAAAGAGUUUUCCAAUGUGGAUGCAAGGAAGCAUGGGUCCAAAAGUGAAGAUAUGAUUAAGGGUUCCGUUUUUGAAGUUCAAGAUGGAAUGGCCAAGCAAGCAGGUUUGGCUACUUUAGAUCGGGUGGAUAUUCCAACUAAUCCUCUUAACAGACAUAAUUCACAUGUUGCAGGUAAUUUUCUUCUCCUUUAUGAUACAGGUUUUUAUGAUUCUUUCAACGAAGAUAUUUCCAAGGAUAAGGUGCUAGUAGCAUCCAGGAUUCAAGAAAAUAUUUUGCUGAGACGUCCACCAGUCUCACGUGCUUCAUCAUCCCAGGAAGGAUUAUCUGAUCUCACCCCUAAUCCAGCUAUCAGAGGAAAAGUUUCGUCUAGUACGGAUGGGAGGCAAGAUCCCGGGGGAAAUCCUGUAAGCCAAGGUUCAGACAUAACUUCUGGGAAAAAAGAAAUGAGGUUUCGCCGCACCUCAUCCUGCAGUGAUGCUGAUGUUUCAGAGCCGUCAUUUAUAGACAUGUUGAAGAGUAAUACAAAGAAAAAUGUUGCGCCAGACGCCCACGCGGCAAUGGGGAUGACAGAUCCAGAUGGGACACAAGGUGGUCGAAGUGGUAAAAAGAAAGGAAAGAAAGGGAGGCAAAUCGAUCCUGCUCUCUUGGGUUUUAAAGUUACAAGUAAUCGCAUCAUGAUGGGUGAAAUCCAGCGCUUAGAUGAUUAGCCCAAAUAAUUUUGUAGUCUCCAUGUAAUGCCCCUUUUCUUAGUUGUAUAGGUUGAGAUGAAAAUUAUUUGAUUUUUUUUUUCCGUAUACAUGUUCAUUUCGAUACAGGAAAGAUUCCUGGUCUAGGACUAGGAUAUUUUUUACAUCCAUAGAGUAGUCUUGUAUAGACUAACAAGUUUUACAAGGCAAGAUCAUUUCUUUGUA